AUGAGAUCGUGUCAAAUAUUAGCUGCACUGAGCGUGAUGACAGCAUGCACCAUGGCCAUACCAAUUUUCGUCGAAGGAGGACCCCGAUCCCAGAGCUCAGAAUCUGCCGAAAAUUACGCACCCAAAGCGUACAAAUUCGAUUACGCAGUUCAUGAUCCGGAAACGUACGAUGUGAAGAGCCAAUGGGAAGCGCGUGAGGGUGAUGUGGUCAAGGGAGCGUACAGUGUUCUGGAACCCGAUGGCGCCAUGAGGCUGGUCGAAUACACCGCCGACCCAGAAACAGGUUUCAACGCAGUGGUUAGCCGGUCCGACAGCGGAAACACAGGCUACAGGAAGCCCAGCAACGAUGCGUUCGACUUUUAAAUCGGCGUCCGCAAAGCCGGCGACCCUACAUCACCGCUGGGGCAACCGAUUUCCGGUGCACAGCGGUACCGACAACGACAACGAUGAUAACAUAUUAUAAAUUUAAUAUUAUAUUAUCAUAACAAUGUUGUCGUAUUGCUACACCGUGCACCGUCGUCGUCACCCGGUCAUAAUACAUAAUAUAAUACGAUUAUUAAUAUAUUAUAUAUAUACGUUAUUUCCCUUUCCUUCCUCGACAACACGCGUAGACUCUUAUUUUAAUAAAAAAUCAUAUAAUUAUAUUUUUAUACUUUAUUAUAAAAUAAUAAAUAUUGCAGGUACAUGAUGUGUGUACUCGGACUACGCGUGGUGUGUAUACCCAUAUAAUAUGUAUGUACAUUUUUAAUCACUUCCAUUGUUAAUCAUUUGUAUUAUUAUUAGUAUUAUUUUAUAUCGGUUUGUUUUUAUAAUGAAUAAAGUAUAGAUAUUUAAAAAAAAU